AAAAAAAAAGGCACGAGCAGAAAAUAAAGGAGAAAAAAAAAAUUAGAGAAGCGGCAAAAGCAAGCUGGUCCUCCCAUUCCUGUUAUUGCAAUUGACGCAUCCACCUUUCGUUUUCCUCUCCAUCUCUCGCUACGGCGGUGACAGAUACGGCGGCGGCUGUUGCGCAGAAGAAGCUCCGUCGCUUUUCGAGCCGGAAUCAGCCGGAGCAAAUCUCGAAACUCUGAAUUAAAGAAGAUUGCAGCUCGUUAAAAUAUUGGGUAUGGCUGAUAGACAGGAUGCCAAUUCAUCUUCACAAGGUUCCUUACAGAGGGAAACCCAUGAGAUGUGGAAGAGUGAGAUGGAAUCAUGUCCAUCACUGGUAGAUACAUUACAGGCUGAGCUUAUGGAUGUAAAGGCUUCCAUUGAGGGGUCAGCGGAAGAUGCCAGGAAGGAGUUAAAAGUUCUAUGGGGUAGGGUCAGACUAACCGCAACAAUGUUUCGCUAUCUGAAAUCGAAAGCUAGAAUCAUAGCCAUUCCUGAUUUAGCCCAUCUCUCAUGUGUUGUUGAACAACUGGAAGGAGCAAGCCUUGUUGAGAAAAAUGGUGCUCCACCUUCACCUUCCAAAUGGGCUACGGAAAUUGAUCUUUUGCCUUGUGAUAGUCCAGGGGAAGAAACACAGACUGGAACAAGCAGGAACCAGAGUUAUUUGGGUAUAGAGGAUAAGGGCUAUACUGCUGAGAUGCUCCAAUCCGUACAGAUGGUUAAUGAUGUGCUGGAAUCUCUCGCGAGAAGGGUUGCAGUUGCAGAGUCAGAAACUGCCAUUCAAAAGCAGAAGGUAUUUGUAGGGGAGGAAGAAAUCAAAAGGAAGGCAGUGCAAAUCGAGAACUUAUCCUUGAAGUUAGAAGAGAUGGAACAAUUUGCUCAAGGAACUAACGGUGUUCUAAACGAAAUGCGAGAGAGGAUUGAGGAACUAGUUGAAGAGACAACUAGACAGAGGCAAAAGGCAAUGGAAAAUGAAGAAGAACUCUCUCGGGUAAAGAGGGAGUUUGAGUCACUUAAAAGCUACGUCAGUACUUUUACCAAUGUCAGAGAAACACUUCUUUCAUCCGAGAGGCAAUUCCAAACCAUCGAGGCGCUGUUUGAACGGUUGGUAGCUAAGACGACACAGCUUGAAGGCGAGAAGGCGCAAAAAGAGGGCGAAGUCCAGAAGCUGAUGGAGGAGAACGUGAGGCUGACUUCGCUUCUCGACAAGAAAGAGGCUCAGCUCCUUGCCUUGAAUGAGCAAUGCAAAUUCAUGGCUUUGAACGCGUCGGGUAUAUGAACAAUUGCAGUUCUUCUUUGUAAAAGAUCUUCUCAGUGCAAUCUUCCUUCCUGCGUAGUAGACUCGAGUCUCUUUUUUUUUUCCAAGUGUCUUAAAAUCUGACAUUCUGAAAAAACUCUCCUUCGAGAAUGGCUUAGCUGUAUAAGCAAGCUGCUUGUUCGAGUUCUUCUU